GAAGAUGGUGGCGCCGGCGGCGCUCCGCGUGGUGCGAUGCGGCGGCAGCGCCCUGCACGGCGCCCGGGCCGUCUUCUCCGUCGGUGCCAGGUUCCUGCUGUGCGCCUCCGGCGACUUCGUGAAGAUGUACAGCGUGGCCACCGAGGAGCUGGUGCGGCUGCUGCGAGGCCACGGCGACCUGGUGACGAGCGUGCAGCUCGCCCCGCACAACCACCUGCAGCUGUAUUCUUCCUCCCUUGACGGCACCAUUAAGCUGUGGGACUUCACAGAUGGGAUUCUCAUUAAAACGUUCACUGUAGGACAUCAGCUGCUCGCGCUGUAUGCGCUGCCUGCUGCUGAGGACUCUGUGUUUGUUAUCAUUCCAAAGCGGGGUGCAAGAGAUACGUUCCAACUGGUCUCAGUUAAGCUGACAAAAGCAGCAGGCCAAGACAUGGAAGCCAAGGAAUUGUCUGUGGUUUUGGAGGGUGUGGAUGCGUCCCCAAAGUGUACUGCAUUUGGAAGAGAGGGUGAAUAUGUGGCAUCAGUUAAAGAUGUUACUCUCCAAGUUUACUUCUUUAAACAGAAGCAAUUGAACAGGUUUUCUCUGAGAGCAACAAAUAAAAAAGGUGGAAACAAUGUCUUUACUUGUGUAGCCUGCCAUCCUCAGGAGGAUUGUAUUGCAACUGGCCAUGCUGAUGGAAAGAUUCGUCUCUGGAGGAAUUUCAACCACAAAAAAGAGUACACGUUCUCUACACUGCACUGGCAUCACGAUAAAGUCCUGGAUCUAGCUUUUUCUGUAGAAGGAACCAGCUUGCUGAGUGGAGGAGUUGAAUCUGUUCUAGUUCAGUGGCACAGUGGAUCAGACUGCAAGAAGGAUUUUCUUCCUCGCUUGGGAUCUGCUAUUGAAUACGUCUCCAUCUCACCUGAUGGCACUUUCUAUUGCACCUCUCAUGCAGACAACAGAAUUACAAUAAUAAACAGCAACCUGAGAUUUUCCAAAACCAUUCAAGGGCUAGUUAAAGCCAGGGAUAUCAAGACAGGUCUAGUGGUUGAUCCUAGAACCAAAGCUUUGGUCUUGAAUGGAGAGCCUGGCCACUUGCAGUUCUACUGUCUCCAAAGUGACAAACAGCUAUACAGUUUGGAUAUUGUUCAGCAAGAGUACAUCCAUCAAGCAGGCUUAAACCAAUCUGACUUGUCCAGAGUUGCGUUUAGUGCUGAAGGCAAGUGGUUAGCAACAGUAGAAGAGAGAGAAGAAACUGACCUAGAGUUACAGUUGAAGCUGUGGCUCUUUGAUGAGAAAACACAAAGCUUUAGACUGAAUACUAGAGUAAGCAUGCCUCAUGAGGAUCACGUAACGGCGAUGUGCUUCCGUGACAUGGAUGAAAUGGAAGAUGACUCUCUGAUGCUGGUAACAACUGGGAGAGACUGUGUGUUUAAGGUCUGGGUGAUACUAGAAGACGCUGAUCCGGAGGCACAGCUGAGUUUGAGUUGGAGCUGUGACUUCGUAGGCAGCUACCAUGGCUACCAGGCUACCAACUGCUGUUUCUCAGAAGAUGGCUCUUUGCUUGCCGUUAGCUUUGAAGAAACUGUCACUGUAUGGGAUUCUAGUACUUGGGAUCUGAAGUGUACAUUUUGCCACCCACCUGGAAAAAUAAGGACCAUCUGCUUUGGGAGACUAACAUGUUCCAAAUACCUGAUUGGUGCCACUGAUCAUGGCUUUCUCUGUUGCUGGAAUCUGCUCAGUUGUGCAUUGGAAUGGAGUGCUCACCUCAACGUCGUAGUUCUGCAACCUGAUCCCUUUUCAGAACAUAUUGCUGCUUUCUCCUGGCUCUUUAAAGAGUCCAGCUAUGUUCUUGUAUUUGCAGUGUUUGUAUUUAAGCCAAAUGAGCCACGGCCAAUCUGUAUCCAGAGAAAAAUUUCUAAGGAAAGGAUCCAGUUUGCUGCCUUUGUUCCAAGAGAUGCACCUGAAUCAAUUGGCUCAGAUAAAUACCUUUGGCUAAGAAGAUCCCAACUAUUUUUUCUUACGGAUACACAAGAGCUAAUGACAGUAAGCACAAAGUCUCUGGAAGAAAGGCUUACGCUGUCAAGCGAACAGCUGGCAGUAGAAGAAAGCCUUCCUGUGACCCCAUUUAGCUUGCUGUUGGGAAAGCACAGGCAUCAACAGUCACAGGGGGAUGUAGACCUUGGAAAAAUUGUUCGCCAUCACCACGAGCAAGAUUCCCCUGCUGUCAAAGAGCUCCUGCAUACUCCAGCGCAUGUUUUGCCAUCUGCUUCCUUCCUGUGCCCCAUAUUUAUUAAUUCAUUGCUUGUCUCCAAAGAGAAGAAAAGUGCUGAAGAGGCUCCUGCUGAAGUAGAAAUGGAAAGUGAAGAAGCAGAGGAUGAUUCAGAUGAGGAAACCGCUGCUACUGAAAUGAAACAAGAUGAUACAAUGCCUAUGGAAUCAUUAGGAGAGACAACACAUAAACUGUCUAAAUCUGAAGAAAAAGAACUGCGAAAAAUAAGAAAAACAGACUUCAGUUGGAUAUCAGUUUUCUAAACAUGCUGUUUUUUUAAUAGUGUAAGUUGAAUCUUUGUGGAUUAAAUAUUCUUCCAGAAA